CUCUCUCUGUCUCUCUCUCUCACGCACACACAUUUCCAGGGCAUUCUCUCUCCUUCCCUCUAUCUCUAUCUCUUUCCCUUUCUCUCUCUCUCUUUUCAUUUCUCUCUCCUCUCUCCUCUCUCUCCAGAAGGGGCAAAACCCUAAAGAGCCGUUUAUACCAACCCAAUUGUCAUGGAUGAUGACGCAUUGAACAUGCGCAAUUGGGGUUACUAUGAGCCAUCCUUCAAAGGGCAUCUUGGUCUGCAGCUCAUGUCAAGCAUGGCAGACCGUGACACAAAGCAUUUUCUUCCCGGUCGUGACCCCAAUAGCAUUAUGGUUAACCCAGUAAAUGGAACCUUUCAUUCUCGGGAUUGUGUUGUUUCAGAAGCACCUGUUCCUCUGAAUUAUGUGAGGGACAGUUGGGCAAACCAAAGGGAUAAGUUUCUCAAUAUGUUGCCCGCUAAUCCUAAUUAUGCUGUUCUCCCAGAAACUUCUGGAGCUCACUCCUUACAUAUUUUACAACCACCCGCUCCGCCAAGGGAUGAAAGAGUCAGUAAAAUUGAAGAGCCUCCUGUUAAAAAUGAGCGUGGCCAAAUGAAGAAAAGGCAGAGUGGGGAUGCCCCAAAAACACCAAAAGCAAAAAAGCCUAGGAAGCCAAGGGAUAAUAAUAAUUCUUCAGUUCAGCGUGUGAAGCCAGCAAAAAAGAAUAUCGAUGUUGUCAUAAAUGGGAUUGAUAUGGACAUCUCUGGUAUUCCUAUUCCUGUUUGCUCAUGUACUGGAACUCCUCAGCAAUGUUAUCGUUGGGGCUGUGGUGGUUGGCAGUCGGCUUGUUGUACCACAAACGUGUCUAUGUAUCCUUUGCCAAUGAGUACGAAAAGGCGUGGUGCGAGGAUAGCUGGACGGAAAAUGAGCCAGGGUGCAUUUAAGAAGGUAUUGGAAAAGCUUGCAGGUGAAGGUUAUAAUUUUGCUAACCCAAUUGAUCUGAGGACUCACUGGGCUAGACAUGGUACUAACAAGUUCGUCACUAUCAGCAGGGUUGAAACCAAGUUGCUAUCAUCGAGUGUUGGUUUCGUCAAAUCAUGAUCUUAUGUUAUGAGCCUGACUGAAAUGGUGUCGUUUGGGAUGAGCUGUAUGAACUUCAGUUGCAACGCAGUGUUUCGGGAACAUACAAAAGGAAUAAACGGGAUGCAUGGGGGCUUGAAACACGAUCGUUUUGAAGGGAUUCUAGAAGCAGCAGUUUUGCUACACUAAAUUUUCAUCUACGUUGAUAUAAAUUCUAGAGGAUAGAAAAAAACAAUUAUGGAAAUUCUCUUGUAGAACCUUGAACUUGGAGGCCGGAUUAUCUCAAAUUAAUCCCCAAUCUUUACAGUA